AUGCCGUUGCGGUUUGGUCCCGGUUCUGGGAGAAGUUCCUCUGCUACACCGCUUGCUGUGGUGUAUACACUGCGGCAUGAAGAUCCUGUCAUCUUAAAAACUUACAGAAGUAAACGAAUGGAAUGUGCCCCUGAUAUGAGAAGAAAGCCGCCACGCACAGUGUACAUUUUUUUACCCUCUUCCUCACAAACAACACAGGAGACGAAAGAAGAAGAACAGCAUCAGCAGCAGCAGCAGAAAGAGAGUAAUAGUACUAGUAAUAAGAUUACACCGCUAAAACAGCAAGAUUUGUUCUACAGUAGGUGUGGGGAAGGAUCUGCUUAUACUUAUACAAUACCAAAACCGGUAGAAGUAGAGCCGAUUGAUUUGCCAGUCUUUUCUGUUCCUUUGAGGAGACCAUUGCCGUUCUCGCCACAACUGCUGCCGCUACUAGAUCACAAUGAAGUUCCAUUCCCUCUCACACUGACAUUGAGUCGAACAUUGCCACAACGUCGGAUGCAAUCAAAGGCACGUCGUGCGGAGUUAAUGAGACGGGCGUUGGAAGGAAGUCGUGUUUCUCUUACGUGGGAGGAAAUGUUGGAAGUCUCACGGGUCGCGUGGAAUUCAGCUGUACAGAUUCCAGUAACAAUAACACCACCACCACCACCGCUGCUGCUGCUGCCAAACCUCCCUCUCUUUUCCCCGCAUUUCUGUUUACCUCCUCAAAUGAUGGAACAAUACGAUGCAUCCUCGCCGAGUUGUAGUCGAGAUAACAACAACAACACGAAGAAGGAGGAGAAUAUGGUUUGUUACCUUUUUGAUUCUAUUGUGGUUCCAAGAUGGAAACCAAAUCAUCAGCUAAAAAAGCGUGGUAUGCUGCGAUGGUGCCCUAUUCCUCCAGAUCGUAAUACUCUUAUUGAUUGGAACCUCUCAUGGCAGGCAUUACUUAAUCAAGAAACUCUACUAGAGUCUCAUUUUCACGAGGCAACCAAAUCCAUUUCAGAGAUCACAAGGCCUUCAUUUCCAGAUACAACACUAAUAGUAGAUGAAUUGCCUUUCAUAAGGGAGAAGAAGAAUGUAAAUGAGACCUUUGAGCUAAUCCACAUUGUGGUUCCCUGUAUUUCACGUGUGCAAAUGCAGAAGGAAACACGACGACAACAAUGCUAUGCAAACAUACACUCUACACUCGUACAGAAUUUAUCGUCCAAUAUAAUGCCGAAGCGUAUGAAACGUGCCAUAGAGUUGCGAUUUCCAGAAGGUAAACAUGUUCGACAAACUUUAACGCUGCGAAAUGUUGCCGCAGAACGUCUGCAGGAAGAUAUUGCUGCUAUUAGAAUUCGGCGGCAUCAACGUCAGCGUCAACGAAAGGGUGUGGUCCACUGGAUUCGUGAGGGAUCAACUCCCGUCUUGCAGAGGCGUGAUCUUUGGACUGUUGUUCUCCUUUCCUCGAGAGCACUAUCUGCUGCACACCAAUUUGAACCACCAAAAUCCAGUGAGAUAUUAUGGAAUAAAAGUAAGAGAGAAUGUCAACUCCAACCUCCAUCGUUAAUAUUAUCACCCUUCAUGUUAGAUGGUGCUGUUCUAUUUUCCUCGUAUGGCUGCUCCUCAUGUUUGCCAUUGGCAGUGGAGGAGGUAGAUGAUGGGAGUUGCUGCCGUAGGGAAGACGCAGUGCUCUGUCCUCUGCGCGUGUUUUCACGGGAGGAGGAGCUGCAAAGUUUCCGGAUAAUGCGAGAGCGAGAGAUGCGGUGGGAGGUAAAGAAGGAAAUAGACAUGGGAAACGAGGAAUGUAAUGGGAAAGAAGAAGAGGAAGAAGAAGAAGAAGAAAAGUGGUAUCAUGCAGCUUUUUUGGAUGAUAUCCGUAGUAUGGCUCUACCCUACCGAAACUCUGUGGCACUCAUUGAAGAUGCAAAGCUCCACUAUUAUUGCCGUUUGGCGCUUCAUCAGGAGAAAAAACGCCUCGGUCUCCAUGAAACUCGUUAA